GUCAAAGUCGGUUCAAUGUCAUAAUUGUCACUUGUCAACCAUAUUCAAAAACCUGUUUUCUAUUCAAAAAUAAACAAAAUUUUCAGUGUUAUGGCUUAAAAAUUUCAGUGUAAAUAACAAAAAAUGAGUUCUAACGCUAAUUUGUCUAGAGGUUCUUCUGGAACCGGUGGUGAUAAUGAAAAUGAUUGGUCAAGUCCGGACUUUAUUUACGGAGGUCCAUUUAUAAAAGUGGAAAAGGCUAGGCCGUUCCUAGAUACAGCCACGCCGAUAAAUUUAGAACUUCAGGGGACUUUUAAAAAGAGUUUCGCAUAUUACUCGCUAAAAGAGAGGCUUCCGAUAAUAUUGACUAAGAUUAUAGAUUACUGCUCGAGAGAGGGCUCGAAGAUAAAAUCGUCUAAUUCGGCGAGCGAUGAAGACGUUCGUUCGUACAUACAAUACAUAACGAAGCUAAAAAAUGAUUUGAUGACAAACAAAAAGUAUGACCUCCUCACAGAGGAUACUGCAGAGGCUAAGCUUUGGAACCAGUGGAUACAGAGUGCGGACAACCAAUACUACUUUACAAAUACCUGGGUGUUUACAGAGUGCUACGUGUAUCGGAGGCUUAGGGAAGGAUGUGAACUUAGCAAAGGUCUUAAGAACUUCGACCCGUUCGAAGAGCAGAAACAAACGUCAUUCACAAACAGUUUGGAAGUGAUGUGUGUGGUGGCAGAGAGACUGACGGCCAUGCUGCCAGAGAGCGACAAAGACAAACGGAAGGCGGACUUCAUCACAUUGUUGAAGAUUUGUUUAUGGGCAAAUAAAUGCGACCUCUCUUUGUCUAUGGGGGAGCAAGUGUCGUUAAAGUCCAAAGACAAUAUACAGACAACGACGCCCUCAGCCACCGAUCAGAAGGGUGGGCAGAAACCUAGCGCCACGCAACUGUCCGACCCCAUAGACCCGUUUCAAAUGAUUAUAGACUUUAAGGACAAGCUAUUAGUGGACGAUUCCGGUAAGAUAGCGGACCAAGUGAUCGCGAAAGCUGAAGCAAUGGCGAAAGCGGUUGAAGGGAACACAACGUUCAAGUUUCAAUGCAGUUGUCACAGACUGGCCACGCUGGCCGGCAUGCCGAUAUGCAAAGAUGAGCCUCCCUCGGCGCCUGGCAGCGCGAAGGGUUCCGCUCCCCCCUCCCCGCCGCCGGAGGGGGAGCCCGCGGAGGAAGUCAAGAUCCCAUGCCCCACCAAGAUGGUUGUACCGCAGGCGGUCAUGUUCGACAUAGUGUGCGACAAUUCUGGCUACGAGUUAUUCGCGGACUUGUGUUUAGCGCAUUUCUUGAUCUCGCAGAAGAUUGUCCAAAAAAUCAGAUUUCACGUGAAGAAGAUGCCUUGGUUCGUGUCUGACGUCACUCCUAGAGAUUUCAAAUUCGUGGUGGACUCGUGUGCGAAGGCCAGUUUUAAUAGACAACUGCCUUCAGAACCCAAGCCUGAGCCUCCGGAGGGCGAAGCACCUCCCGAGGUGGAGCCUCCCAAGUUCCUCACAUCGGACAAGCUCAAAGAGAUCGGCGAACAGUGGGCGCGAUACGUUGAAGAUGGGACCUUUAUUGUAUUGUGCGACGACUUCUGGACAUACCCACAUGUGUACAGAGACAUGAAGAAAUACGACUACAAUAUGUACCGCAAGCUGCAGUACGCGGUCGCUGUACUGUUCAAGGGGGACCUCAACUACCGCAAGCUGCUCGGCGAGAGGAACGUCAACCCCACUGUGGGGUUCGAGGCCGCGCUGCAAGGGUUUAUGCCGGCGCCGGUGAUCGCGCUGCGGACCGUGAAGGCGGACCUCAUCUGCGGCCUUCCUAAGGGCAAGUGGGAGCUCCUCACCAAGACGGACGACAAGUGGAUGCAGACCGGGGACUACGGUGUAAUCCAGUUCUGUCCCAAAGCUGAGCCGUUGAAGCCGGCGGACCGGCCCUGCGCGGACUACGGCGACACGUGCCGCGGCGUCGUGUGUCCCGUCCACAAGGACCUCUGACCGGACUCGAACCUCGGACUUAGCUAAUUGUACAUAGUCAAUUGCCCGUUGUAACAUAUAAUUGUAAAAUUGUUUCAAUGCGACAGCAAUGAAUACUACGCUAGGUUGAUUUUUAGCUAAUUUUCGUUAUAAUGCAAAAUAAUCAUUUUUUUGGUUUUGAAUACCUUAUAAAAUCUCAUUUUUUUAUAUAUAAAAUAAAGUUUUCUUGAAUCACACAAAACGUUCAUUAAGAAAUCUGUAUGAUAAAAUUUAUCUUAUUUUUUACUUCUGUAAAGUUAACAUUUUCGUUAGUGUAGUGUUAAUUGCAGCUAUUUAAUGAAAACUCUGUUUUAAGAUUUUGGGUUUUUGGUAUUACAGUAAUAGUUUUGUUUUGGGGUCGAAUCUGUGACCCCUAGCAGCCAGAUCAAUGUCAUAGUUAUAAAAAAUAAAAUCUUGGUUAUUUCAUAAAAAAUAAUUUGCUUAAAUUCAAAGGUACAAUAAAAUAUAGGCAAUAGUUAGAUAAUUUUUGUAUAAUUUAAUUAUUGAAAUAUUUUAAUUUUUAUAUUAAGGGUUUUAAUAUUUAUCCCCUAUACUACUUGUAUUGGUUCCUAAAUUAUCCAUUUCUUCCUUUAAUAUAAAUGAAAUAAGCAAUAUCUUAAUCCCCUAUCAGUAAUAGGGGACGAAUAACUUAAGGGAUGAAAAUAAUUGAGAUUAUAAGCUUUCGCUUGCAUUAAUUUCAAACUAUUUCAAUAUAGGAGAUCUAUUUGAUAAUAUCGCCUAUUUGUUAAAUCUUUUAUAACAAAAAAUAUUUGCUUUGAAGCUUUAUAUUCACGCAAAGCUUUAGAUUAUAUUUCAUUAGUUUCACCCCUUAAGAUUUUUUCACCCCUUUUCUGUAUUACAACUGGCAGGCAAAUUGACUCAAGCAAAAUUGAUUUUUACACAUAUUUGGAUGAAGCACAUUUUUCUCUGUUUUUUGAACCUAAUAACAAUUUUUCGAAAAGUUUCGCUCAAGUCCAUUAUUUUGCCAAUCUGAGGUUAAUAUUUUUGUCCAUAGGUAAUCCUACAUUUAAAUAUUGGUGUAUAAAUUUCAAACAAUAGGCAUUUUUAUUAUUAAAUUGUUGGGUAUUUUGUAUUUGGGACUUGAAUAGAAAGGCGCUGCAAGGCUCCAGCGUUCCUGUGCAGUGGUUUCAUUGUAGAUAGGUCAAAACUCAUGUAUGCAAUACAGUUGGUAUUAGCUUAUUUGUUCACAGACUUCAUUUUAUCAUUGUGUUUGUGAACAAAAUUAUUUUCGCCUUUUUUCAAAUUAAUUCUAUAAAAAAUCUGUUUCUGUAAAGGACGUAAAAUAUUUUAUAUUUGCGUGAUAUUUUUUUUUAUUUCCGAUCAUGUUAUUGUUAAGAACUCAUUUUUUGUUAAUGCAAAAAGUGUUUACAUUCAGCACAACGCUUCCAUUGUUUUUUAAUAAAAAUAUUUUUUACCUA